AACUUCCUCUUUUUACUUUACUUUGAAUUUAAUCUGUGCAUGUUAUUUGGUUUUGUUCAACUCUUCAUGAAACCAUCUGCAUCUUACAGAACAGGAGCACACAUUCAUCCACUGAGUAAAAUUAUUAAACUUUACAUUUUUACGACUGUACGUAUCCAUCAAGGGGAAUCAUUCUAAAUAUUCUUCUUAUUUUUUUAACACAAUUCCCCAAAUGUCAGGGCAAUAAAUUUGGUUUCUUUGAGAACUGUUUUGGGAACUUUAUUUGGAUUUAAAAUAAAAAGGUUUGUUGGACUUUUUACACGUGGAGAAUUUAGACUUUAAGAGGUUCAGUUCACAAAUACUGAAACUUUUUCUGCUUUAAAAUUUAAGCAAACAGGAAGUUCUUACUGAAAACAAUAUUUAAAAUCUAGUUUCAUCCAGAAUCGUUAAAACUAACCAAAACAUUUCUCUGAUUUAUUCGACAUUUUCAUUUUCACUGGUAGUUUAGGUUUAGUUGAACACAUUUCUGUCAGUGAUGAUUCAGUCCAUAAAAAAUGAUUAUGUCGUUCAUUCAGCUUCUAUAAUAAUAAAUGAUGACGUUAACACCGUAUUAAAAACUGAUUUAUGACGGUUAAAUGUUCAUCUGUUCCCAUGUGGUGGUGUUUUUUACAGUUAUUGAUGAAUUUGUCUAAAAAACAGUUUGACUCUGACAGUUUAAUAAAGUUAAGAUGACUAAUUAAUUCAGAUUCUGAAUUUUUUUGCCUUUUUUCUUUUUUAGUCACUGGUUAACAUUUAAUUUUUUUUUUUUUUGCUGUGUCCAUUUUUAUUUUUUUAUUCUUUUAUAGUUAUACUUGUACAUCAGUUAACUCAUCUCUUGUUACCUUCACUUUGUAAAGAAACAUUGUGAACCAAGAAUCCAAGAACAGUGAAAAUUCUUCGUGAGCUGAUGUCAUUGGUUUCCACGUCAAACAACAGCAAAACUUCAGUUUGCAAACUCAAGUCUCAUUUAUCCAGGCGUUGCUCUGGACUUCACUGACACAUGCAUUUUCAUUUAAACCGUAACAUUUAAAACAUUUUCACAUAAACAGUCCAACACAUGGACGAGUAGUGCGUCUCAACAGCUCAACUGACUCCAAGAGCGCAGUUUAAAUUCAUGCAGUUGCUCGUGUUUGCCACUCGUGUGCAGAAGUGUUUUUUGUGAAGAUGCAUGUAUUCAGGAAGUACUGAGUGUAUGACUGCAUAGAUGAGAUUUUGAUUAUUCUGCACGAGUUGUGUGAUGAGUCCGUAAACUGAUGUAUUGACACUGAUGUUGUUAAACGCAGCUCUGCAUGACUUCAGUUCAUCAGAAUAUUCUCAGUGUUUGGAUUGUUCGUGUAGCGUGAAGGCAUGUGAGAUAAACGAGUUGGGUCUCACUCCGAAAUCGUCAAAAUCCGGCACCUGGGCAGUGACUUGCAUUGUCAGAAACCAACGAAAGAAAGCUGCCAUAUAACGUUGGCGUGAUACAUGGCGGGUUGCUGUUGUAGUUUAAUGAGGCCCGGAGGUGUCGGGAGAAACGUGGUGGAACUAGGACAAAAGUUAAGGCGGCGAAAGCCUAAGUGAGGUCGGCAGGAGGGGUGGUGAACAGGUCCAACAGACACUGACUUUCACACGAGAUAGCAGUGUUCAUGUCCCGUAAGACUCUAGAGCCAAACCCUGUUCUUCUUCUGUAAACCUAACCACAUGUUUUUGUUGUUGAGGGGAAAAAAAAAUCGUAGUGCUUUUAUUUUGAAAGAGACUGUAUCAAACUGUACAUUUCCUGUGAAAACAGAAGUGUAUUUUGAAAACAGACAAUGCAUGUAACAGGCUGAAGUUGACACGGCGUCCCAGAACGUCAACAACCAACACACCCAGGGUACCUUGGACGUCAUAUGUGGACGUGGAAAGUCCAUGACCAAACGUGGACAUGUGACUGACACGUGUUUGAAAAACAGAGCUUUUCUUCACAUAUCUGAUAUCGUAACACGGGUGAGUGAUAGAAAAAGUGUGAUUCUGUGGGUGAACUGUUCCUUCAGUGUGAAUGAGACACAUCAGUGGGACUCUAUCAGUGUUCAGCCUUCACAGCACCACAGAGGGAUUUUGCUCUCCAGCUGAUUUAUGUUCCCUCAGCCUGCUGAAGCCUCACAUUAACUUGAACUUUAGUUUAGCUGACUCCUGCCGGGUGCGACUGUUGUCACCUCUGCCUGCUAAGCUGCUGGUAUAAAGCAAAGUGAAUCUCUGAGCUCUAAUCAUGUCGCCCUGACUGUUGUGUAACAAUUGCUUCACCCGAGCUCCGCUCUCCGUGGGAGGGGAACCUGAUAGCGUCUGUUCAGUCCAGGGAGGCGACUUCCUGCAGCAGAAAUUUAUGAGGUUCCUCAGAGAGUUGGGGUGGUAUUUCUGGAGCCUGCCGGCCCAUUGGUCUGAAGUGACUCUGCUACCAUAAAGAGGGCUGACUUUACUGCUGAGUGAGCACUUCACACCCUAUAUACUCUGUUUAUUCUUUACUGUUUAGGACUUGGCAGCGUCUCCCCCUCUUCUUCUUCCUCCUCCUCCUCGUCACGUUCAGUAGGUGAGAGUCUCUGCAGCUCGGCUUCGUUUUCACUCCGGUAGGAGACAAUACAGAGAGCCGCGCUGAGGUCUGGUCGACAGGGUGUGAAGAUCACAAACCGCCAACAUGUCUGAGGGAAAGAAAAUGACGUCCAGCCGCAGGCAUCAUCUGAAGAGUCUGAUGCUGCAGAUCGCCGCCAACUGGAUCGAGCAGGAGAAGAAGGACAUCGCGGCGGCUAAGGAGGCCUACAUGGCCGAGAACUGUCCCGCCCCCGACGCCAGUGGAGACCAGGCCGCCCUCAUGGAACUCUGUAAGAAGAUCCACCAGGCCAUCGACAAGGUGGAUGAGGCGAGGUACGACGCCGAGGCCAAAGUGCAGAAGGCUGACAAAGAGAUCGAGGAUCUGAAGAUGAAGGUGGUGGAGCUGGCCGGAGUGAAGAAACCUGCCCUGAAGAAAGUGCGUAUGUCCGCUGACGCCAUGCUGCAGGCUCUGCUGGGAGGAAAACACAAGGUGACCAUGGACCUGAGGGCCAACCUGAAGCAGGUCAAGAAGGAGGUCAAAGAGGAGUCGACAGAGGCGGUCGGCGACUGGCGUAAGAACAUUGAAGAUAAGGCUGACAGGAAGAAGAUGUUCGAGACCUCCUAAAAACCUGCCUGAAGUGGCGAGGAGCGACAGCAGGGGAGACGUCUCCGUCUGAGGUCUGAGUGACUGAAAGUGUCUGAGUUCCAGCAGGACUCACAAGGACAACACUUGAAACACUUUUUUGUUAUUGUAGGUUAUGUUUGUGAUACCGUCGUCCCCCCGAGACAGAGACUGAACUGAGACAAAGUAACGCCAACAUGUUCGCAGUUAAAACGUCUGACAGAAAAUGAUCAUUUCAAAAUGUACAGGUUUUCAUGGAGUCAUUAGAAAUAAACGUUUUGAAAUAAGGA